UUACCCAUCCCCGAUCGAUCCCUUUCCCACUUCGACCCGCCACCGAAUGCGCGCAGUAUCGUCUCCUUCGUCAAUAGUUACCGAUCGUGUCAGUUCUUUCCUUGCACGAACACCUUCGCUUACCCUUUACUAGUAGUAAUCCCCAAGUCUUCGCGCCCCCCCCCCCACCCCACCUUUCCUCUCUCCUUCCAGUCCCCACCUCCCACGCACCCGCAGGCGACUGCUGAUUUGGGGAAUUGGGAGCUUGGUGUAGUUGGUGGUGAGGAUUCCGGAUGAACGUAAGGAGGAGCAUGGGCAGGGCGUCGCCGCUGUUCCUGGUCUUGCUGGGAUUAGGGGUUUUCUUCGCGACCUACAACCUGGUCACGUUGGUCAUCCACCACCAGCGGCGGGAGCGGCGGGCGGAGCUGCCCGGCGUCGAUCCGGUCACCCGGAUGCCCGACGAACUGAGGAGGGCCGAAGGAUCGAGGAGGCCGUUCCACGUCGUUGUCACGGCCACCGACGCGGCCUACAGUAGGUGGCAGUGCCGGGUAAUGUACUACUGGUACAAGCGGAUGAAGGAUGGGGAGGGAUCGGAAAUGGGAGGGUUCACUAGGGUGCUGCACUCCGGGAAGCCUGAUAGCCUGAUGGACGAAAUCCCGACCUUCGUGGUGAACCCCCUCCCGGCUGGCGUGGAUCGGGGUUAUGUUGUCCUGAACAGACCUUGGGCUUUUGUCCAAUGGCUAGAAAAAGCAACCAUUGAGGAGGAGUAUAUACUAAUGGCUGAACCGGAUCACGUCUUCGUGAGACCUUUACCGAACUUGGCUCGUGAUGACUAUCCUGCAGGUUUUCCAUUCUUCUAUAUCAAACCAGCAGAACAUUCACAGAUAAUAAGGAAGUUCUUUCCAAAAGAGAAGGGCCCUGUGACUAAUAUUGACCCCAUUGGCAAUUCUCCUGUGAUAAUUAAAAAGUCCAAGCUGGAGAAGAUUGCUCCUACUUGGAUGAACAUCUCUUUGAAAAUGAAAGAGGAUCCAGAGACGGACAAAGCUUUUGGAUGGGUUUUGGAAAUGUAUGCUUAUGCCAUUGCAAGUGCAUUGCAUGGUGUGCAACAUAUUCUCCGUAAAGAUUUUAUGAUACAGCCCCCUUGGGACUUAAAGCUGGACAGCACAUUUAUUAUUCAUUUUACUUAUGGGUGUGACUACACAUUAAAGGGUGAACUAACUUAUGGGAAAAUUGGGGAAUGGCGCUUUGACAAAAGAUCUUUUCUCCAUGGUCCGCCACCAAGGAACCUGUCCUUACCUCCUCCAGGAGUACCUGAAAGUGUGGUCACACUGGUAAAGAUGGUGAACGAGGCUACCGCUAACAUCCCUAAUUGGGAUGAUGGAAGAUAGUCAAAUUUUGAAAGUCAUUGCACCCAAAUGAAUUACCUCUAGCUUCAACAAGUACAGAAAGAUAAGCUAAAUACAUACAGGUCACAGGUAAUGAAGUUUUGUCGACAAAACAUGACAGGGGGUGCCAAAUGAGGAAUUCUUCUGUCAAUGUCCAUUCUAAAUACUAAUCACUGGUGCAUCUUGAUUCUUCUUUAGGAAUAUUCCAUAAUUCUAUGCCUGGAGCAUCAGCUGCAACUUGACAUGUUCUCGCUUUUCCGAAUUUUUACCGAUUAUUGAUUGUCAUUUUCAUCGUUGAACUAUGAUGAUUUUUUUUAAUAACGUGUUCCGGUUGCUUAUAA